GAAUCCCAGUCUGAUAUGUAGUUUCCAGUUCUUGUUUGGAUGCAAACUGUGGUUUGUAGUUAAGCAUAGUUAUCUGAUUUGUAUGCCAUGGAACAUUAUAGUUGUUAUAUGCUUGUUUGAAAGCCCUUUAAAUCAUAGGGUCGCUUCCGGCUCUAUAAUUCUAUCUGUUCCAACCCCCUGCAAUGCAGGCCGCAUAGUGUUUAAAGGUCUCAAAGUGGCCUGCAAUAUAAAAACAAUAACACUGUAUGAUAAAAACAGGUGUUCAGUAAUAACAGGGUCCAGUGUUAUGGAUCAGGGAAGACCUGGUUUGAGACAUAGUUCUCACAAACUGGGAAGUGAGGAAGGGAAUUGGAAUGCACAAGAAGGGGGUAAGUAUGAGCCUGAACUACUGCCCUGGUAGGCAAUCUAGGCCAUCUUUGUAGCAAGAAACGGGGCUAUGUGGUUCACAGAUAAUUAGCAUAGAUGUGAAUUUGCCCUUUACUUGGAACUGUUGUUCUAAAACUACACUGAAACUUGAAACUUUUAUCACAUUAGUGGAAUUCCAAUACACUGAAGCAGUUCUAGGAAAUUGCUGGAAAAAAGAAACAGUUUUUAUUAGUUUCCUCUUGCUAAUUUAAGUUAAUCUGUGCUAGGAAUCAAAAGCGUUUGGGAGCCAGAGCCUAUAGCUUAAUUAAUUUCUGUGUUUUAUUGUUGCCUGUUGGGGGUUAGCAUUCUCUGAGAAAGUUACUGAUUUGUAAUAUUCCUGUGUGAUCCAGCUGGGUUGGAUUUUUCUUGCUGGAAUAGUACAGUGAAUGCACCCCAGGGCACGUUGCAGUUUUACUACUGUUCUUUUGGGAUGAAGUGAGUUGAGGCAGUGGAUGAACACAGUUUUCUUCUUGCCAACACAGUGUAAUGGCAAGGUUUUGUUACCAGCAGCCAGCCUAUUGCAGCUAAUGGAUGUUCGACAAAACUGUUGUGACUUUCUUCAAUCUCAGCUCCAUCCCACGAAUUGCCUUGGUAUUCGCGCCUUUGCAGAUGUGCAUACUUGCACUGAACUGUUGCAACAGGCCAACGCCUAUGCAGAGCAGCAUUUUCCUGAGGUGAUGCUUGGUGAAGAAUUCCUUAGCCUUAGCCUAGACCAAGUUUGCAGUUUGAUAUCAAGUGACAAGCUAACCGUUUCAUCAGAAGAAAAGGUGUUUGAAGCUGUCAUUUCUUGGAUAAAUUAUGAGAAAGAGUCUCGCUUGGAACACAUGGCUAAGUUGAUGGAACAUGUCCGCCUCCCUCUCUUGCCCAGAGAUUACCUUGUACAGACAGUUGAAGAAGAAGCUUUAAUCAAGAACAAUAACACAUGUAAAGAUUUCCUUAUUGAGGCCAUGAAAUACCACUUGCUUCCUCUGGAUCAACGGCAGUUGAUAAAGAAUCCUAGAACAAAACCAAGGACCCCAGUCAGUCUGCCAAAGGUAAUGAUGGUGGUUGGUGGGCAAGCACCUAAAGCCAUUCGGAGUGUAGAGUGUUAUGAUUUUGAGGAGGAGCGAUGGGAUCAAGUUGCUGAACUUCCUUCUCGGAGAUGUAGAGCAGGGGUGGUAUUCAUGGCAGGCAAGGUCUAUGCUGUGGGAGGUUUUAAUGGCUCUUUACGAGUCCGAACAGUAGAUGUAUAUGAUGGAGUGAAAGACUUGUGGACGUCAAUAGCCAGCAUGCAAGAAAGACGAAGCACUUUAGGAGCAGCUGUGCUAAAUGAACUCCUCUAUGCUGUUGGUGGAUUUGAUGGAAGCACAGGUCUUGCAUCUGUGGAAGCAUAUAACUAUAAGACCAAUGAGUGGUUUUUUGUGGCACCUAUGAACACAAGAAGAAGCAGCGUUGGAGUUGGGGUCGUGGAAGGUAAAGACAGCAAACUGCUGAAUUGGCCGCAGCAGCACAGUAAACUCUAUGCUGUUGGUGGUUACGAUGGAGCAUCACGUCAGUGCCUUAGUACUGUAGAACAAUAUAAUCCAGCUACAAAUGAGUGGGCAUAUGUGUCGGAUAUGAGUACUCGCCGCAGUGGUGCAGGUGUUGGUGUACUUAGUGGACAGCUGUAUGCUACUGGGGGACAUGAUGGCCCUUUGGUGAGGAAAAGUGUGGAAGUAUAUGAUCCUGGAACAAAUACAUGGAAACAAGUGGCAGAUAUGAAUAUGUGUAGAAGAAAUGCAGGUGUGUGUUCAGUGAAUGGUCUUCUCUAUGUGGUCGGGGGAGAUGAUGGCUCUUGCAAUUUGGCAUCCGUAGAAUACUAUAAUCCUGUCACUGAUAAAUGGACAUUAUUACCAACAAACAUGAGCACUGGAAGAAGUUAUGCAGGUGUAGCUGUGAUCCAUAAACCAUUGUGACACAUGUUCAUUCAAGUGACUGCAAAGACAAGAAAUAAUGACCAUCUUGCUUGGUGGGUUUUGGAAGAUACUGAAAUCUGACUCUUAACUGC